AUGUCUGAGAACAACAGUGGUCGCGACUAUGACCUUGUGCUUAUUGGCGCAACGGGCUACACCGGCGCUCUUACUGCGGAGCAUAUCGCGGAGCACCUCCCAACCAACCUCAGGUGGGCUAUCGCGGGGAGAUCAAGCACGAAACUGAACGGGCUUGCCGCAAGAUUAAAGGAGCUGGGACCUGAUAGAAUACAGCCAGUAAUCGAGAUUGUGGAUGUUGAAGACAAAGUUCAAUUGAUCACCAUUGUCAAAAAGGCAAGAUUGUGUGUCAGUGUUGUCUCAUACCAUCACGUCGGGCCGCUCGUAAUUGAGGCUUGUAUUGAGGGGAUACUCAUUUCCUGCGGCGCAUUGAGCGCUCCGCACGAUCUCCUUACUUGGUCGUCAGUUCGAGAGCUUGAGAAGAGCUCAUCUUUGAAGACGAAGGAACUCGUUUUGUCGCUGCUAAAAAUGCCAUCGGAUCCAAGUGGCGGCACAGUCGAGUCCAUGAUGAUGAGAGGAGACUUCGACGCCAAAGUCCAGUAUGAAUCGCAACAACCAUGGUACCUUUCUCCAGUCAUAGGCCGGCGAAGCUUGAGCUCAACAAAUCUUGUCGGCGUGCGCCACGACCCGACUCUGGGAACAAUGUCGGCUAGUUCGCUGAGCGACGUGCAGAAUAGAGCUGUGGUUCACAGAACGUGGGGUCUGCUUAGCGGCGGCAUGGCGUAUGGAGCGAAAUUUCAGUACAGCGAGUACAAAAAGGCAUCUUCCACACUUGCCGCUAUGUUCCAAAUGCUUAACACCAUGGCAAUUAAGUUAAUGCUAGCUCUUCCGCCGCUGAGAGCUAUUGCAGCGAUGGUACUACCAGCUCCAGGCCAAGGCCCUGAUCCGGCAAAGGAGAAAAACUACCGUUUCGAGAUGGAAGCUGUCGCGAUUGCAGACACAGACCAUGACGAGAUAGCACCAAGGGCGUAUACUCAUUUUGCGUAUCCAGGGGGCCCAUAUCAUGCCACCGCUGCCUUCCUCGCCCAAGGUGCGGCUUCUUUACUAUAUCACAGAAAAUUAGAGGGCGGCGUUUCUGGUGGUUGUCUUACGCCGGCUUUCUUAGGGCAAGAUCUGAUAGAAAGAAUUCGAGGAGUGAGUACCGACUUCAGCACCAAGAUGCUGUGA